AUGGUAAUGUCACUUACAGAACACGCUGGACUGUCAGAAGAGGAUGUGAGAGCAGCUGAAGUACUUGACGUUUUGAGAAAUUCACAUGGGUCACCACCAUCACAGUCAUUUGAACUGCGGGAUCAAGAAAUUCAAGACCAUCAGGAGCACCAACAGGUUAAGCAGGAUUUACAAGUACCCACCCUGUUGGACCGGGUUCGUAGGAACUCUAUUAUCAACAACGUGGUUUCACUUUAUGAGAUGAAUACCAGGAAAAGAUCCGCUCCACCAAAUGCAAAUGUUGCAGGUGGUCUUGGAUCUCUAGCCCCUGCCGUUGGUAGUAGUGGUAAUAGUUUAGAAGAUAGUAAUGCAUUAGAAGAUGAAGCUGAAAAUAGUAAUGAUGAUGAUGAUGAUGAUUACUAUGGCUAUGAGGACGAUGAAGAUAUACAAGCAGUUUCCAAGAGGCAAAAAAUAUCUGAGGCUAUUGCCAAGAGUCGAGGAAAUUUAAAGGAAUACCAAUUAAACAUGUCUAUUGGAUCAAAGAAAAGAUUAAUUGCAUGUCUGCAUCUGUUAAAACUAGCCAAUAAGCAAUUGACCCAAAAAGUUGCUUAUUUGCAAGAACAAGUUGAGUCUGAGAAAUCAAAUGAAGUUAGUGUGGAUGACGGACUAGGAGAACGAGCACAGGAAGAAGAAGAAGAUGAUGACGAUGACGAUGACGACGAAGAAUAUUUUGAUGCCUCUGAAUCUAUAGAUGAUGAUAAGUCGACUGUUAUCAAGAUGGAGGUCGUGGGUACUGUAAAAAAAGUUUACUCGCUAAUAUCUAAAUUUGCGGGAAAUUCAUUACCUGAGCCUGCUAGAACCCAAGUUCGUCAGACUCUAUUGAACCUUCCGACAAAUUGGAGUUUAAGCGCUAACAAUUCGUCGUCAUCAUCCCGCAGGGCUAAAUCUCAAAGGAAGCCAUUAACGACUAAUGGUAAGGUUCUUAUUUUAGCAGAAGAAUCUCUGAGCGUUGUAAGGAACGUGAUGAAUGUCGUUGAUAGCAGUUUGGGUAAAGCUGAAGAAUGGGUCAAACAAAAGCAAGAAUUAAAAGAGAUUUUAAAGGAAAGGUUUAUACAACAACAGUGGAAAAAACAAGUUAGAAAUCAAUUAACAAAGGAAAAAGAAGAGGAAGAGAGAUCCGGUGCUACAAAUGCAUCAAAUGCUCAAAUUGAGGCUGAUGAUGAAAAUUACGAACAAGAUGAGAAUAAGGUGAAGGAUGAGUUAAAAGUUAACGAAUCAUGA